AUGGACCGCAAUCCCGAGCUGCAACGUGUUUUGGCCGCGCUAAACAAUUACUCUUCAACAUCAUCAAGUGCUCCUCCGGAUAGCUAUACCAAUCCCCAGCAGCUGACCCAGCCCAACCCGCCGUCAACCAACUCGUUCAUCCCCGGGUUGGGAUUUCUCCCCCCAGGUCUAAGCCAAGAGAAACCGAUCACUCCUCCUCCAAUUCAGCGACACCAGACUUCAUCAUUGCCCAAAGCACGACCUGGAGAGGUCCCCAGCAAAUCUUCAACUCCUACGGUACCAGAUGCGUCCACCAUAACAACAUGGCCGGCGGCCCUGAAGCAUGUAACUCGUCAUCUCCUACCAAAUGAACAGGCGGCGAAUCGCAUCAAACACCUGAUCUCUGAACAGCAUAAGCAUGAACGUCAAUGGUGGGCGGGACGGGAAGCAAUUGUAACGAGACAGCAGGGUCGAGUCGGUACCUCGCAGCAGGUCGCUGCUUUGCUGAAGUCUUUGGGCGGUAAAGAAGUCCCUAUGGCUUCAUCAGAUCCGAAGGCUGAUCAAGCUGAAUUGGAGGCUUACGAUAAGAAAGUAUAUGCAGGACUGUUGGCCAUGGCAGCGGACUUUGACAGGCAGUUGAGAUCGCUCGGGGUGCCAUUCUACGCCAUCAAACACGAACUCGUAAUUCUGGAAGACGGACCAGAGAAGGCCGGUGCUGCAAAAGGAAGAAUCGACAAGGGUGAGCUGCGAGAAUUGCAGCAGAAGAUGUUGCAGACUCUGGAGGAUCUCUUCGCCGAGUGA